AUGAUGUUGUUGAAUAGUAUGAAAGCAGUUGGAAUGGGAACCCCACAAAUUUUUGGUUCUAUUGCAAAUCAAUGUGGAGGCUAUGAUAGGGUGGGAUAUCGUAUCAAGGACAUGUAUAACCAAACUGGAAGACAACAAAGGUUGAAAAAUGUGGAUGGUAAAUUAGCAUUGAAAUGUUUGAGUAGUUUGAGUGUGAAUGACCCUUUAAUGUUCUUCCAUCACACAAUUGAUGAUGAGAAUAGACUACAACACUUGUUUUGGCGUGAUGGCACAAUGCAAAUGAAUUAUCCCAUGUUUAGUGAUGUUUUGGCAUUUGAUGCCACAUAUAGAAAUAAUAAGUAUGAAUGCCCUCUAGUUGUAUUUUAUGAUGUUAACCAUCAUAAUAAGACAAUGGUGUUUGGUGUUGCAAUUGUUUCUAAUGAAACUAAGGAAAUACAUGUCUGGCUCCUUGAAAAACUUUUAGAAGCUAUGAAAGGGAAACCCCCAAUGUUUGUCAUCACAAAUGGAGAUCUUGCAAUGAGGAAUUCAAUUAGAAAAGUGUUUCCUAAUGCUUAUAAUUGUUUGUGUGCAUGA